AUGGCGCCUCUUACCAAUGCCUCAGACGAGAAGACACACCAAGCCCUGCUGGACAAGCUGGACAUCUAUGCCGUCCACAAGCCCUUUCGCAAUCCCAACUGGAAGCCCCCACAGCGCCGCAACAAGAAUCUCAAACAAAUCAUCGGCGAAGCGACGCGCAAGGAGGCUUCCGUCAUGGCAACGCAGAACAACAGCGGCAUCUCAACACCUGCCGCGUCCUACCCAGAGACAGCCACACCCACUGGCAAUGGCGGCCGACCGCCAAACAUCGCCCAAGCAGCGCACAGUCUGAGCACGCUGGUCCUGGAGAAGAACGGCAGAGCUGCUGCGGGAGCCAAUGGGGCCGGACCCGCGCCUACGUACACCAACAUCGAGUCGGCACCGAGCUUUCACCCAAGUAGCCAGAAGAAGUAUUGCGAUAUCACUGGGCUUCCUGCGCCGUAUACAGACCCCAAAACACGGCUGCGAUACUACAACAAGGAGGUGUUUGGCAGCAUCAGGACAAUGCCACAGAAUGUCUCGGAAGGCUACUUGGCUGCGAGAGGCGCGCAUACCAUUUUGAAAUGA